AUGGCCUCGUCGGGUGCGCACAAGACUACGAAGAGUGAGAAGUUGGACGAGGCGCAAGCCCUCGCCAAGAGCUGCGCCGGUAGACCGGACUUCCUUCCCUGCGACGGCCUCUCCAUCUGCGCCACGCACAGUCACGGCAAGUGCUUCAAGUUGCACUGGUGUUGCCACCUCGGAUGGUGUCACUGUAAAUACGUGUACCAGCCGAUGACGAGGGUGGGCCUGCUCCCCAGCACCGCUGUGCCUCCGGCUCCGUCCGAGCCCGCGGACACCAUCGACCUCUCCAUCUCCCUGACCGAGCGCUUCCUCCGCCUCGCCCCCUGGUUCCUGCCGCCGCCCUGCCCCGAGUCGCCGCGCUACUGCGUCAUCUCCGACCUCUUCAUCGACGACUAUGUGGUCAAGCGCAUCAACGGCAAGAUGUGCUACGUGCAGAGGCCGCCUCCCAUGAUGCCUGUGGCCCCGCCCACACCCCACCCUCACCCACACCAGCACCAACACCAACACCAACAUCCCCAGGAGAAAGCCAAGGGCCCCAAAAUGGACCACUGCUCCUCCCCUUCCAGCUCCGAGGACUCUGGGAUCAACGCGAUCGGGGGGAACUUCCUGGAGUCGUGCGAGGAGGACUCGUGCGAGGAAGAAGAGGAGGAAGAGGAGGAGGGCUUGGGACGUCGGGGGGCGGAGGUGGGAGAGGAAGAUGAGCUGAGCUCAGACGGGAAGUCCAGUCCGGCCAGCUGGGACCAGGACGAGUGCUCGCUCCUCUCCCCUUCCAAGUCCCUGGUGGAGAUCAUCGAGAACAUCGAAACCACCGUCUGA